AUGGCGGAUGUUCAGGAACGCCUCAAGAAGCUCGGUGCUUCCGCUCGUAUCGGUGGCAAGGGUACUCCCCGGAGAAAGGUCAAGCGUGCGCCUGCCCGCUCCGCCGGUGAUGACAAGAAGCUCCAGGCUUCCCUCAAGAAGCUCAAUGUCCAGCCCAUCCAGGCCAUUGAGGAGGUGAACAUGUUCAAGAGCGACGGCAACGUCAUCCACUUCGCCGCUCCCAAGGUUCAUGCCGCCGUCCCCGCUAACACCUUCGCCAUCUACGGUAACGGUGAGGACAAGGAGCUGACUGAGCUCGUUCCCGGGAUCCUUAACCAGCUCGGCCCCGACUCUCUCGCCUCCCUCCGCAAGCUCGCCGAGAGCUACCAGAACCUGCAGAAGGGCGAGAAGGCUGACGAGGAGGAUGAUAUCCCCGACCUCGUUGCUGGCGAGAACUUCGAGAACAAGGUCGAGUAA